GAUCAAUCUGCUUCGCAAACAUGGCGAUUGCUAUGCUUGAACCAGCAUUACCCAUCUGGAUGAUGGAGACCAUGUGUUCCAAAAAAUGGCAACUUGGCAUUGCUUUUCUUCCAGCUAGUAUCUCUUAUCUCAUCGGGACUAAUCUUUUUGGAAUACUUGCGCACAAAAUGGGAAGGUGGCUUUGUGCUUUACUUGGGAUGCUCAUCGUGGGAAUAAGUAUUUUAUGUGUACCAUUUGCUAAAAACAUUUAUGGGCUUAUAGCACCAAAUUUUGGAGUUGGAUUUGCCAUUGGAAUGGUGGACUCCUCCAUGAUGCCAAUUAUGGGCUACCUCGUAGAUCUGCGUCAUGUGUCAGUCUACGGCAGUGUGUACGCAAUCGCUGAUGUUGCGUUUUGCAUGGGCUUCGCCAUAGGUCCUUCUGCUGGUGGUGCCAUUGCAAAGGCCAUUGGAUUUCCAUGGCUCAUGACAAUUAUAGGGAUUGUGGAUAUCCUCUUCGCUCCCCUGUGCUUUUUCCUUCGAAGUCCACCUGCCAAAGAGGAGAAAAUGGCAAUACUCAUGGAUCACAACUGUCCUGUUAAAACAAAAAUGUACACACAGAACAACAUCCAGUCCUACCCAAUAGGUGAUGAAGAAGAAUAUGAAAGUGAUGAAUAA